UUUAAAAAUGUAAAUAGCGGGUUUAGUUGAGAAAAUUAUAUGAUGCUACCAAAAUGUACAUAAUUAUACAUACACAAUGACAGAAAAACUGAUUCUAGGAGAUCUCAGUGCCGGGAAACUUGAAAACAUCGAUCGCUUUAUAUUGAAAGGCUACUUUGCCUGGAAUCGAAUACAUAUUGUUGCUAAAUUAACAGAAAUCAAAGACUGUUCCUUAGAAAUAUACAAGACCUGUCAAUAUCUUUAUGAUGAAUUGCUUCCCUUGCCAGACCACUCAACAGGGGCCACGGCCUCAAUUAUCACAAACAUUUACAGUAAAUUGUGGAAUGUUGCUAUUAAACUUGAGCAGGACAAAGCAACACAGCAACCUGAUGUUGUAUUGCAGCUUAGAUACAUGGCCAUCAAAAUGUUGUUACUCAGACGGACAGCUUUGGCACCAACUGUGGACAAAUUCCUUCUAGCUAUAGAUAGGUAUGAUAAAUCCUCUGUGCAGAAAAACACAAAAACAGCCAUGUCAGAGCACCCAUUAACAGUGGAGUUUGUUCUAGCUAUAGCACAGUAUAUUGAAUCCAUAGGAUCUGAUAAGUGUGAGGUGACUGAGAGUGAAGUCUGCAGUUCUCUGUCCUUGUUCCAGUACUUACAUCAGGUCAUAGUGACUCAGCAACUUCAUUCUAUCCUGGGGACAGUGCACCAAAACAUUCAGAAAUUUCUGUCCACAUUUACAAAUGUGACUUUUUGUAAAGCAGUGAAAAAUUUAUAUGAAACAUUACACUUGACAUUGUCAUGUAGUAUAAAGCCCAAAAACUCGAAAACAAGCCAAGGUGACAUACAAAGUCUUUCAGGGGAGAUUGUAGAUUUAUUACAAGAUAGUAUAUCUAGUCUAAAUACAGGAUGGUACCUGUUAAUAUGUGAAUGUCUAUUAGUAAUCUUGAAACAACAGACAAUGGUCAGUUCAGUGGACCAGACUUUCACUGAAGGAAUACUGGAGUACACUCAAAAGGUCACCCAGUAUUUAAUCAGUAGUCGAGAGGAAAACAAGCUGCAGUAUGAAGAAGACACGACGGAGAAGAAUGACAAGCUGGCGGGAGUGAUCAGCACCAAGCUCAUCGUCAUCAUCAGGACUGUCCUUGAGCUUGGUCUUACAUUGAUUAAUCAUCUGAAAGACUCUGGUAGGGUGUCCUGUGUGCUACAGUCCCUUCAGCCCUUAACUGAGGCCUACACCCAGCAGAUAGAGCAGACCAGACACACCCCUCCAUCAGCUGACUUCAUACUCAGAGAGAGGAGACAAUGUGGUUAUUUAAUGUCCAAGUUUGCCAAGGUGUCGUGCAGUCUAGGAGACCAGGACCUUGACCUGUUUUAUUACGAUGUGGAGUGUGAUCAGCUGACCAAGUGGGCGGAGUCUGACGACAACCUCAAGGAACAACGCAUUAAAGAAGUCAACUUGCUGGGGAUUUACGAGAUGCUGGCAGACCUACACUGGAAGCUUGGUGACAUUGAGGCUGUAUUACAGAAGUUAACAAGAAGUGUAGAAUUACAACCCUCACAUUUAGAAGCAGCAGUGGAGUUCUGGUGUCGAAUCAAAAGACAGCAACUAAGAGUGGAAAACACACAAAUCAUGGACAUGUAUUUUGUGGACAAUAUGAGGGAAUAUCCAAGAAUUGUGGAUGCCUAUGAUAUUUUAAAAAUGGAACAGAAGUGUUUCUCAGUAGCAAGUAAAAAGUACCCUGAGGCAGAGUUAUCCCUCUUGAGGAGAAUACAACAAGCUGCCAAACAUCCUGUUCAGAAAGCGGAGGCCCUGCUAGAGAUUGGUAAACUGGUCUGGGAACGCUUCACAGAGAAACAGGAAAGACCAGUACAGGAAUACCUAAAUGAAGCAGAGCAGUUGUUAGAAGGCAUAAAUACACCAGAAGAAAUGUUGAUAUUGGCUGACGUGCAGCUGUGGACCUUUAUUUUCAAACAUGAAAACAUCUGUAAACAGCUGAUAGCGAGUUCCCAUAAGAUGACCAAGACAGAGGAGAGUGUGGUAGAUAAUGGAGACGAACCUCAGAACUGGAGUGCUUUUGAGUUUGAUAUGAUGUGUACAUUCUCCAUGGAGAUGGAAAUCAUCAGACACCUGGACAAGGCUGUGGAAUUAUGGGAGGAAGUCCCACCUAGUGAACACACAGACAACAGUAACAGAUCACUUAUGUUGUGUUCAUCCAUUCUACGCCUCACUAGAAAGUCUGAAAGGGAGCAGCGGAUAUUGUUACUUGCUCUACAAGUAUGUGACCAUUUCGGAGAUGAGUCCACGUGUAACGUUAUAAAGUGUCGGUUGUCUCACAUUUACGGACUGCAUGGCAUGCAUCACCAGGCCAGUCAGAUCCUGCCCUCUGUACCCGAUCAACAGACCUCGUUUGAUGACGGUUAUCUACAGACAGUCAUGGCUAGUGUGAUGCACUAUCUUCAUACAAAACAGAUCCAAAAAGGGCUUGAACUUCUUCACAGUAUCAACGAAAAGAUAAAAGAACAGCCAAGUCUCAGUAAAAAUGUGUGUCUGGCUAAUGGGAUAGUCAAGCGGUACUGGUCCUUGUUUUCGUCCCUGCCUACUGACCGUUCCGUAGAAGAGUUGUCACAGGAGUAUAGUCUGGACCACGCUAUCGAGGCCUACAGGUACCAUGUCAGUGUCAUCUACUUCCUGCUGGGCAAAGAAAAGUGGACAGUUGAUACCAAGGGAAUGAACACAACAGAGAAGUUUGAUGUGAUACAGGAGUACCUGUUAUCUCUGUAUCAUCUCGGUCAGCUGGAGCGACUGGUGGGGGAUACCAGGUCUGCCAAGUUUCACAUCAAGGAGGGAUGGACAACCGCUCACUUCAUGGGCCUACCAAAAUGGGCUUCAAUGUUCAUGAUUGAGUUUUCAAUGAUCCACAUCCUUACUGAAAAUUUUGAAGCUGCCACCUCAAGUCUCACAAAGACAUGGCAAGUAUUUAGUGGCUGCCAGGAACCAGCUGAUUCUUCAUCAAAGGAUUCAAGGUCAAAGUGUUCAAGAGUCAACAGAUUAGAUAGUUUUGGAUUUGAGGAAGUCAAAAAAGAGGAAGACCAAGAUACAUUCAAUUGCUCAUUCCCACCGUGCUGGCAGCACUUGAUAGACAAUGUGACCUGUGACCUUUGUGAAGAUGACACGGUUAAAUUGGCCAUUCUGUCUUACUCCCUCAUCACAGCCAAGUUCAAUGUCUAUGUACAGCAGAAUCUAAAGUGUGAUACAAUGGACAAGAUAAACAAUGUUUGUGAGACAUUUAUCAAUCAGAAACCAAGGAGUGUAAGACAGGGUCUUAAGGAGCUACCUUUGUGUGCUUUUCAAGAUGAUUCUGAACUAAAAGACAUCUAUGUAGAGUGCCUGUCUUUGAUAGCUGAAACCAGUCUUCUGGUAGGACAAACUGAUAAGUGUGAAAGUGUUAUACACAGAGCACAAGACCUAUUCCAAAACCAGUGUGGGAAGGACUUUGUAGCUAAUUUAAUUCAGAACAAGUUCACUGUCUUCAAGGCUCAGAUGUGUUUAAUGAGGAGCUUGACAAGUAAAAGGGAGUCCACUGAUGGAGAUGUUGAUAUUCUAGAUGACAUUUCCCCAAUGGAAGUCUCUAUUACUCCAGAGGAGAUAUCCCCAUUGAAGAUUUCCAAUAAAUCAGAGGAGGGUAUUCAGUCAGUAGUUACCGAGGAAGAACAUCAGGAUCUGGUGGAGAAUAUUGAGAAACUGGAGAUUAAGGAUGCAGGAGACGAACAAGGGAAUCAGUCAAGGGCAGGGACCAAAACAAGUAAAAGGAGGGGGGCAACUCAGAGGAAGAAAGGAAAAGAGGAGGUCAGUGAAGCUACAACAGAAACCUUGUCCAGUAGUCAUCAGGAAGAGGUCAUGAAGAAUGAAGAAGUCACAAAGAAGUCUGCAGCAGGGACCAGAAGGAAAAAGACCAGUGCUAAAUCAGUCAACCAAAGUACUGAAUCAGUCAACCAAAGGGCAACAAAAUCAAUCAAUCAAAGUACUACUAAAUCUCUCAACCAGAGUACAUUAAAAAGGGACAGAGAGCAGGGUAACACCAAUGGGAGCUUGACAGAAGAAGUUACAAAUACUCCUGUCUCAUCAACUCCAGACUUUGUAUUAAAACCUCCGUACAGUGUAUGCAGUAAAAAAGCCCUGAUAUUUAGUUCUGAUUCUGAAGAGGAAAUUAGCUCCAAGUUACCUAUAAUUAAGAGCAAUGAAUCUUUUGUGACCCCAAGUAACCCAGGAAGUUGUUCAUCAGCAAAUUCUACUCCAUCUUCUGGUAAAAGCAACCUUAAGUCCAGAAUACCAAAAUAUGUCAACAGAUCUAGAGUGUCUAAAACACAAAAGGAUUUCUCUGCAUCCAAAGGCAAGAAAUCAUUGACACAGGUUGAUGUCACGAUGGAAAAUUCCACAUCUAGAGACAAAAAAUCUACAAAACGGGACUGUGUUAUACAGGAAGACAAGGAAAAUGUUCCAAGAAAGAAAAACAUAUCAAGGAGAGGGAAAGCUGCAACAAAUGGGGAACUUGCUAAAUCUGAGGACUCGGAGCCAGCCAAAACAUCAGGCAGGGGUAGAAGAAAGGCUACCAAAACACAAGUCCAAGGUGAAUUUUCUAAUAGUGGAGAAAUCAACCAGACAAAGGAGGAUGUUUAUGAUUUUGAUGAAGGGGACCCAAUAGAUUCAGGGGAAAGUAAGAUUGUGAGAAAAAGUACAAGGAGAACUAACACUAGAGUUAAGAGGCAGCCUGCAGAAAAGGUACGAAGUGCAGUAGCUGAGAUGAAUGAUGAGACAGUUGAUCUGAUUGGACAGUUAGGAUACUUUGACAUAGAUGAGGGGACUAGUUCAUCAGAUGAGGACCAGCUUGGAACUGAAGAUGUACAAAUCUCCAAACCUGAACUUACGGAUGAUAAAUGUUUAGAAGAAAUGCUGAAAAAAUUGGAAAAAGCACAAGUCUUGGAUGAUUCCAUUGAGAUUCCACGAGGUGGGGAUGAAAAGAGGGUGGGAAGAGGCCGAGGCAAAAGAGUGACAAAAUCUUCCAAACAAGAUUCAGCAGAGAGCAGGGAACAAUCAAUAGGAGAAGACACCACAGAGAUUCCUAGAUCCACCACUAGAGUGAACAUGCAGCUCACCAUGGAGAGAAUGAGAAGGGCAGCCCCACCAGGGAAAGUUGCAAAGGAUGCUAGGAAAGCUGAUUCUCCAAGGGAUGAGGAUUUGACAGGGAUGUUGGAGGUGGCCUUUGAACAAGCUCGUCACCUGCCCACGACUGGACUGUACACCUCGAUCUGUAACCUGCUGGCUCUCCAGUAUAUAGACACCUGUCCCCUGAAGGCAGCCUAUUACCUGACCGAGGGGAUGGUGGUCACCUUCAGACAUCAGUCUCUGGUCAACUGCAGCAGGAAAAUCAGAAAAUGUAAAAAGGAGACAACUUCUGACUCGGAUCAAAAUGAAAAGAGUGGGGUGCAGGAGGGGGAAAUAAAAAAUGCCAUUUAUAAAAAUCUGAUGUUUAACAAAUCUGCUGAGGAUCUUCAGAAGAUUUUAGGAGAGCUUCCAGAAGAUUGGACAGUUUGUCAGGUUUCCAUGGUUACAAAUCCACAAGUUCCUGACCAGAUGUUAUUAAACAGCAUGAGAAAGGACCAAGAUCCUGUGAUUGUGAGACUGCCAGCAUUCAAAACUGUGCAUGGAAGAAGAAUUUUGUCAGAGUUUACAGACAUUAUGGAACAGAGUCACAGCAGUAUCAAGAUAACAGACAAGACAGAAUGGUGGCAGAAUCGCUGGAACCUGGACGAUAGACUUAGGAAUGUGCUUCAAAAUAUGGACAAAUACUGGCUGGGUCACUGGCGAUGUCUAAUACACGGAACUGUGUCAUCAGCUGGCUCAGGAAUCUCUAUUGCUGAUGUAACUCAGAACCUGUGUGAGGAGAUAUACAAGGAGACCAAAGUCAGACUGCCUCAGAAUAUCAUGCAGCGAUUAGUGGAAAGUGAAGAUACUUUGUCUGACGAAGAUUUUAAAAGUGCAAUCAAUGAAUUGACUGGAAACAAAAUGUCUAGUUCAGGGGUUGAAAAUUGCCUGUCUUCAUUCAGAAAAUGCACCAAAGAUCUCAAUCUCAAUGGCUCUCAGGGACAUGUAUUUCUCAUUCUUGACAAGUCAGUUCAACAUCUUCCUUGGGAAAGUGUUCCAUCACUGGCCAGCUCUAGUAUUUCAAGGAUGCCGUCCCUCUAUCAUCUUCAUUCACAGCUUACCUACCUCAAUUCACAGAAGAGUUCCAUUCUCCACACAGGAAUUGAUAAACAGAGUGUAUUCUAUGUCCUGAAUCCAGACAGUAAUUUGGCCUCCACUCAGGAAACAUUCCAAGACUGGUUCUCAAAACAGAAGAGCUGGGAGGGGAUAAUUAACAGAAAACCCACAGAGACGGAGUACACCCAGGCUCUCCAGAACAAGGACCUCUUCCUGUAUUGUGGUCAUGGUACCGGUGGGGCUUACCUUGGUGGGAGCGACCUUGCCAGUCUGGACUGCCGAGCAGCGGCCAUUUUGAUGGGAUGCAGCAGCGGUAGACUGAAAGCCACAGGUCAUCUGGAGGCCUCAGGGUUCAUGCUCAACUACUUCAUGGCAGGAUGUCCUUGCAUGGUGGCUAACCUUUGGGAUGUGACAGAUAAGGAUAUUGACCGAUUUCUGGCCUGUCUGCUGUCCUCCUGGCUGUCAGAGGAGGCCACCAUGGAUCCCAGAUCUCUCCUAGACGUGAUCCCGAAGGCCAGGGCGGCGUGUCGCCUACCGCACCUGAUCGGGGCCGCCCCAGUGGUGUAUGGAUUCCCGGUGUUUCUAAAACCGUCCUGAUCAGAUUACUCAGAAUCUUAUUCACACAGGUGUUUUAUGUUUAUUAAAAUGUGAAUUAGGGAUUAGGUAACAGGUACUCUCACUGCUACCUUGAAACACUGUUUGUUAGACUAAUAUAAUACCACCUUUUUCUAUGUGUGAUACUAGCAGAAAAAUUCUUGUUUGAUUCAAAUAAUAGAGCUCUUGUUUUUAUCGUUUUAAUAGAGAACUUUUAUUUUCUUAUGUGAUGUGGUAUACAUGUAUGUAUAGUUUUUUUUUAUUAAUAUAUAAAAAAAGAUGAUGACUUAUCUUUAUAUAUAUGACAUGGAAAUAUCUAUCAUGAA